CUCAUCAAGCCAAAAUCGGUUAACAGAAUCACUAGCAAUGGCUUUCCUUUCAGCUGUAUUCAGUUGCUUUGUACCUAAUUCAUCAUCUUCAUCACGGGUCUCCGAUAAUGCAGCCGGCGUUGCGUCUAGGAAAGAAGAGCAAUCCUCUUCAGCCAAGAGCAGAAUUGGAUCAAAAUCCAAGGGUGCUCCUAUUGUGGCAUCCUACUUCCCUCUUGGUUCCAAUUUGUCACGCUUGUAGUAGGAAGUCUUGCUGCAGGAAAAAUGGAAAGUAGCGCUCCUCCCACCUCUUGUUAAUUUCUUGUUUCCCUGCAAUGAUUUCAAAAAACACGUUAGCCCUUGUAUUAUUAAACCAGUGAUGCUGGGUUUGAAUCAUUUGAUACUAGAUGCCAUCUCUGUGGCCUAUUCUUUCCUAUUGAUGUAGAAUAUUUCAAAUGCUAGUUAGAACUUCCCCUGAAUUUCUUGUUUGCGUGUAUAUCAUUUUUUUUUUAUAAUAAAAUUACAUUGUGGGA